AUGAACCCGCAAUGUUCUAAAUGUAAAGCAGCAAUGAGGAGAUAUAACUACUCCGUCAAAGAGAUAGAAAGAAUGAGAAACGACUAUGCAGACUUAAAGAAAGAAGCAGAAAAACCAGCAGAAGAUAAAAUGGACAUGUUAGAAUUUCUGAACAAAAACUAUCCAACAGCAGAAGAUUUCCUUCUAUCUGACGUCAAGAAGAAAUAUAAAGAAACCUUCGGCAUUGUUAAAACAUUCGAUGUACUAAAAGAAGAAAUAGAGGCUACAAAACUGUUUAAAGUCAUGAACCAUCGCAACAUAUACCAUGUAAAACGCUUGUAA